AUGGGCAAGAAUCAUAAUCUCCUGAUCAUCUAUUUGGCCGCCUUAGGGUCUUUAACCUAUGGCUUCAGCGUAGCCGUCAUCGGCUCUGUUCUCGGAGUACCUGCAUUUCUAAGAUAUUUUAAUCUGCAGUCAGGCGGACAAGCCGAGUCAAUCUUGGGUGCGACCUCGGCUCUCUUUGCAGGAGGCUGUGCUCUGGGAGCGCUCUUUGAAAUAUGGGCUGCGGAUUGUUUCGGUCGUGUCCGCACGUUGCAGAUGCUUUGUUCGUUGGCCGUGAUCUCGAGUGCCAUACAAGGUGGCGCAGCACAUAUCGCAAUGUUCUUGGUCGGUCGGUUUUUGAACGGAGUCGCUGUUGGGGCGUUGCUUGCGCUUGUCCCUGUUUACAUGGUCGAGAUAUCUCCAGCUGCGACGAGGGGCCUUUUGGUGGGCAGUCAUGGCUUUCUUGUUGUUACCGGUCAUGCUCUCGCUGCUUGGACAGGAUAUGCCUGCUUUUUUUCGACAAAUGAAGCUUUCCAAUGGCGAUUCGAACUCUCUGCUCAAGCUCUCGCUCCUCUCCUACUUCUGCUAGCCACUCGCUCGAUUCCAGAGUCACCACGAUGGCUUGUUGAGCAAGGGCGAGGGAAAGAUGCCUUGCAGAUACUCUGUGACCUGCACAGCGACAAGAAUAAUUCCGAAGCUAGUUUACUCCAAGCCCAGGAAGAAUUUCGUCAAGUCAACGAACAAGCAACACUCGACAAAGCCAUGCUAGGUGGUCAAAGCAAGAUGAUCAUCUUCAAGAAAGCUUCUUACAGGAAGCGCGUCCUAUGCGGGAUGGCAACCAUGUUUCUCUCACAAUCCACUGGCGUUCUAGUCAUUAACAACUAUCAAGUCAGCUUGUACAACGGACUAGGACUCUAUGGCUCGCUACCUCUUCUUCUGUACGCUAUUUACCUCACGUGGGCCGCCGCUCUGAACUAUCUUUCCGCCACAAUAAUGGAUCGUGUCGGACGAGUUCGUCUUUUACUCAGCGGUCUGAUUGGCUGUUCCAUAAUGAUUAUCUGCGAGAUGGUCAUGGUCGCUCGAUUCUCCGGAACCGCCAAUAAGAUUGGUAAUGCAUUUGGCGUCGUCUUCUUGUUCCUGUAUGUUGGCGUUUACGCUGCGUGUCUAGAUGCGACUAUAUACGUUUACUCGGCCGAGAUUUUCCCAACACACAUGCGCGCUACCGGUAUGGGGCUGUGCAUUUUUGCACAAUCGUGCAGUACACUUCUAUACACUCAGGCUGCGCCCACCGCUUUUGGGGCAAUUGGGUGGAGAUACUACCUUGUCUUCUCCAUCGUCCCGCUCGUCGGGGCUGUGUUAGUAUGGCGAUAUUGGCCAGAGACGAAAGGGGCCACACUCGAAGGAAUUGGUCUAGCGUUUGGAGACGAAGUCACAAUAGAUGGAUCCAUUCCUGAGGGACGAGUACCACGGCAACCAAACGAUGAGCUUGCCCUGGUAGAUAGUGUUACGAAAGUCGGUGGGAAUGAGAAGUCACUCAUUCGUCACGAGGUGACGGCUUGA